AGUAAUGAACAAAAAAUUUACAAGUAAUCUAAAGAUAAAUGUUUAGGUGGAAAUGUUUAUCACUAAAGUUAUACAUAAUAGUUAUCAUAUGUCUUUAUAUUGCUAUUUGGAUAUUCUCAAAUAUUGUGGGAAGAGUUAGAAAGCCGCUGAUCGAUGUUGAGUCACCAGAUGAAGUUAUAUUUCGAGAUGUAGCUGAAUCACAACCAAAUGUUCCUAAACGAGAAGCACUAGACGAUUAUUCGCAUCAUUCUCAAUUAAGUGACUGUUGGGGUGAAAGACAGGAAGAAAACUACAAAUUUACAAGAAUUCUUUCAGAUUUUUAUAUUUUCUCAGCCUUCUAUGACAAUAGAACAAAACCUUUAAUUCGAUUAAUAUCUCUAAAUCGAAUAACUGUCCAUCCUAAACUUUAUUGUGUGUUUAGGUAUAAUGAUAAUUCAUAUGAAUCAAAAACGGACUAUUACGAAAUGUGCGAAAAUCAUAGAAGAACUUUCGGAGGUCAUAUUCUCUCUUGUACAAUACCCAGAGAGUUAAAUCAUUUGGGUAUACCUUGCACAGUUGAAUUGACUACUUUAGAGGGGAAUAGAGAACGUUUAAAUGUUCAAUUUAGUCAAAACUCUAACAGGAAAGGAAAAUUUGGAAUUUGUAUACCACCAUUAUUUAAUGAUUUUCAAUACGUGAAAUUUAUUGAAUUUAUAGAAUUAAACAGAAUCCUUGGCGCUAAUACUUUUUAUAUAUACUUUACAGAAACCUAUGAAGAAAAUCUGGUGAAAAUAUUAAAAUACUACAAAAGAGAAAAUAUUGUCAAGCUUAUUCCUUGGAAAUUACCGGAGGAUAUAAGUAAUAGAGUCUGGUAUCAUGGUCAAAGCAUAGCCAUUCAUGAUUGUUUAUAUAGAUUUAUGUUCUCUGUUGAAUAUUUGAUAUUUCAAGACUUGGAUGAAUUCAUUAUACCUACUCAAUUACAUAAAUGGUCUCAUUUGUUGGAGAAACUAGACAAUAAUCAUAUAGAUGGCUUCUGUUUCGAAUGUUUUUAUUUUCAGCAAAAGGCGGCAUAUACGACUGAUACUUUAUGGAGUCUGACCUUUAAGCAAAGAACUGUAAAGGGAACAAGACAACUGUCAAAGUGCUUAGUAAAGUCCGACAGAAUUUUUGAAAUGGGAAUUCAUCAUAUUUCAAAGUUCAUUAAAAAUACAUCCUUAGUCCUCAACGUUCACAAAAAUGAUGGAAGGUUAUUUCAUUUUAGGAAAUGCAAAGGAAUGUUUGGAGACAUUUGCUACAGAAAUGUUGAAGACACUAUACUAGAAGAUAAGUAUAGUGUUAAAAUGAUAGAAAAUGUAAACCUAGUCUUUGAAGCAAAUGGAUUUCAAUGA